AUGAUAGCUUCAGGGAUAAAUUUGGUGAUGACAGUAAUUGGAUUUGCUGUAAGCACUAUGUUUAUAGUUUUUGUUUGCACUCGUCUUAUUUGUGCUCGGAUUCAGUUAAAUGCAUCAAGACGAUCUUUUCCAAUUGCUUCCAGAUCUGAUCUUAGCAUAUUGGAACGAGGGUUACAUGGUCUUGAGCCUGUAGUUAUAGCUAACUUUCCAACCAAGAAGUACAAUGAUAAGCUUUUCUCGGCUUCAGAAGAUGCUCAAUGCACAGUUUGCCUUGCAGAAUACCAUGGUGAAGAUGUAUUGCGGAUUCUCCCUUACUGUGGGCACUCCUUUCACAUGACCUGCAUCGACAUAUGGUUGCAACAGCAUUCCACAUGUCCUGUUUGUCGAAUAUCAUUGCGUGAAUUUCCCGAGAAAAAUAAAGUGAUGCAACCCUUGUUUAGUUCAGCUAUCCGUUCUCAAUAUGGUACAGAGACCUUUGAUUCCCAUUCUUAUCACUGCUUGUUGACUGGGCAUGGGGUUUCACCAGGACGAUACGACAACGAUGGGAUGGACGCCAUUCAAGACAAUCAUUGUGCAUCUGAUGGCGAUGAAGCAGAAGGUAGGGAGAAUUCACCUCCCUUAACCGAGAGUAAUCAGAUUGCAAAAGACAUAGGAGACAAGCAUAGUUCAAAUAUGGGUAUACAGGGUGAAAAAACUUGGGAUUCAUACGCCAUUGGAUCAACUCCCAGAAAGUUCAUCGUUCUUCACUUUUUUGUUAGUUUCGGUUGUAAACUAGUAUCUGAUCAAGAGUGGUUGAAUGAGAUAGCAGUUAUUACAUGCCUCUCCCCUUCUCAUACAAGUGUUAGUGGAGCAAUGUAUCAUAAUACGUCCACAUCCUGUCUAAAGCAAAUAUUCAGAUCUUUUGUUGCCAAGAAAAAGAUUUGGCUGGAUCACCUGAUCUUGCUUUUUGGUACCUUUCCUUUCAGAGGAAGCAUCAUAAUUGGAUUUGGAGGCCCUUCUGUACCAACCCUUGGAGGGGCCAUUUUGGAACUUGGUGAAAACAUCACAUCAGGGUUGGCUUUGGGAAUUUCUAAACUAAAGAUGCCAAAAUGGAACCUCGUUGAAUCUAAAGGGGCUGAAAAAUAG